GUAGCUGCUUAUUAAGGGCUUACGGAGUGUUCCUUCACAUGCUUUACUCAAUUUAAUCCUCACAGGGACUUUGUAGGGAGGGCAUUAUUCUUAUCCCAUUGUAGUGAUGAAGAACUCGAGACUCAUGGAGGUUGAAUAACUUUUGGAGUCGCAGAGCUAGGAAGAAGUAGAUCUCUGAUGUACUUAGCCAAUGUGUUAAAAUGUGCAAAUAAGCAUAAUAGUCUUUUAUCCUGUUGUCAUAUAAUUGGAACAAUAGUACUUGCCAGAGAAACUUCACAUUGUAAAAAUACCAUGAGUGCAUAUUUGUUUAACCAAUAAAAUAUAGUUAUCCUCUGUUACUGAUUCUUGCAAGUGUAAUGCAAAGAUUGCCCCAUUAGGUGAGACUCCCAGAGGGCUAGAACUUUCCCCUGCCCCAGCUGGCUUGGCACAGCUUACGCACUGGGCCCGGGGUUGCCAGUGGGAAGUGACAGUUGUGCAGCAUUGUUUAGGUUGUGUGAAGUCUUCCAGUGUUUUGGCCUCUGUGAAAAUCCAACCUCUCCUCAGAUUUGCCCCAUCACAGUCCUCAGGCUGCCAGAUGGUUGGAGCUCAGCCAUCUAACUUAAGCAGGACAAUGUUCAGUGAGGUGAGCGAUACAUUCUUGUACAACGUCAGGGUUUUUUUGGAGCACUUACAUCCUUGUUAAUAGUAUCUGUCCCCACCCAGUAAUUUAGGUGUACACAGGCACUUAGAUCGUAAGAAGAUGUCUUUCCUAAUUACUGUCUUCCCUAAGAACCCAUAAAGAGAAGCAGACUUUGAACCCAAUUUAAUUAUUUACUUGACCCUACUGUCAUAAAGUGUUCAAAUUCAAGUAUUAUAAAGAUGGUAACAGGGAAGGGAUGCAUGGUUCUCAGACAACGGAACAAUUGGCCAAGGAAGUCAGCUUUUCAAAGCUCAGCAGUGCUUAAUAGACAAGACGAAGGCUCAUAAACUCAGUACAGCCAAAGGACAGGAGCAACAGCACUCUCACCCCCCAGCAGAGCCGACUUAAGUUCCGUCAGGAUGGCACGGCAGAGCAGUGGCCAGAAGGGAGUGUGCAGAUUUCUCCUCUUAGUGCUUGUGUUUCUGCCACGUGAAGUGACAAGUUCCUUUGUAACUGUGAACGGUAGAACUGAGAACUUUGUUCUGGACACUAAGUUGGGCGCCGAAGAGUCUCUGAAAUGUGAUGUUCAAAACCGCACUGGAGACGAAGGGCUUCUCUGGUACCGAGAACAGGGGUCAGUGGAUCUGAAGGACGAAAACAAAAUCAAUUCCAGCUCUGUCUGUGUGUCUUCCAUCAGUGAAAAUGACAAUGGAGUCACCUUUACCUGCAAACUGCAGAGGGAUGAGUCUGUGUCUGUCUCAGUGGUGCUGAAUGUCACUUUUCCUCCUCUCCUAAGUGGAAAAAACGUCCAAACAGUUGAGGAAGGCAGUAGUGUGAACUUGGUUUGCAAUGUGAAAUCCAACCCCCAGGCUCAAAUGAUGUGGUACAAAAAUGGUAGCAUCCUGAACUUAGAGAAUAACCAUCACCAAGUCCAACAGACGAGUGAGUCCUUUCAACUGUCAAUCUCUAAAGUCCAGAAGUCUGACAAUGGAACUUACAGCUGUGUUGCGCAUUCAUCUCUGCAAAGAAAUACCAGAGACUUUCACCUCCUUGUCAAAGACAGAGCUACGACUGUACCAAUAGAACCCAUUAUUGCUGCAAGUGUGGUGGUCUUUCUAACCUUGUGCUUUGGACUGAUUGCUAGAAGAGAAAGAAUAAUGAAGCUCUGCAUAAAGGGUGAAGGUCCUCAAAGAGACACAGCUCUGUGAGAAAGCUGAGGUGUCAUCUAAUACAGCAAGAAUUGCACAUCAGAACCUCCCUGAUUCAUGUAGUCCCCUCUGUAUUUAUUUCUACUAUUAAAUUCGCUUCUGUCAAAUUG